AUGGACCCGUCCUCACGCGCGCCCGCUCCGCCACCUCUCAAGCUUGGCCCCGUGAGGGCCAGCACUAGCCCCGCGUCCGGGACGCCCGGGUCGGGGGAUAGCGCAGCAUCGAGAGACUCUUCAGGGCAUGGCUACUACUACGCCUCGCCGUUCUCUGCCUCGGGUGCCGCGACGCCGCUCCUGCGCGAACGCAACUUCUCGUCUGGAUCAUCCUCCUCGGACAGCAGUGCGGGUUUCUCGUCGAUGAAGAAGAUCAAGACGCCUAGGAAGGUCAAUGCCAACAGUUAUUGCGGGAGGCAUUCUGAUGAGUACCUGUUUGGCGGCAAAGGGUUUGGCGAUCUCUGGCGGGCCGUCACCAAGAAGUAG